GCGGGAUGGAAGCAUAGAAGCAGUUCUCGCGAGAAGUGUUGCUGUAGCUUCCAGAGGGGCGGAGGCCCAGAGGCGCACCACGUGUGUAUUGCUGCUCUAACUGAAUCGCACAGACGUACAGUUUGGGUUUAGGUUGGAUUUGGAACCGUGGAGAUGCGAAAGGAAACGCCGCCCCCCCUAGUACCCCCGGCUGCCCGGGAGUGGAACCUUCCCCCUAAUGCGCCCGCCUGUAUGGAACGACAGUUGGAGGCUGCGCGGUACCGGUCUGAUGGGGCUCUUCUGCUCGGGGCCUCCAGCCUGAGUGGUCGCUGCUGGGCUGGCUCCCUGUGGCUGUUCAAGGACCCAUGUGCUGCCCCCAACGAAGGCUUCUGCUCCGCUGGAGUCCAGACGGAGGCCGGAGUGGCCGACCUCACUUGGGUGGGGGACAGAGGUAUCCUGGUGGCUUCUGAUUCAGGUGCCGUUGAAUUGUGGGAACUGGAUGAGAAUGAGACACUUAUUGUCAGCAAGUUCUGCAAGUAUGAGCAUGAUGACAUUGUGUCUACAGUCAGUGUCCUCAGCUCUGGCACCCAAGCUGUCAGUGGUAGCAAAGACUUCUGCAUCAAGAUUUGGGACCUUGCUCAGCAGAUGGUAUUGAAUUCAUAUCGAGCUCAUGCUGGACAGGUCACCUGUGUUGCUGCCUCACCCCACAAGGACUCCAUGUUUCUUUCCUGCAGUGAGGAUAAUAGAAUUUUACUGUGGGAUACCCGCUGUCCCAAGCCAGCAUCACAGAUCGGCUGCAAUGCCUCUGGCUACCUUCCUACCUCCCUGGCUUGGCAUCCUCAACAAAGUGAAGUCUUUGUCUUUGGUGAUGAGAAUGGAACUGUUUCCCUUGUGGACACCAAGAAUGCAAGCUGUGCCCUCAGCUCAGCUGUGCACUCCCAGUGUGUCACUAGGCUGGUGUUUUCUGCACACAGUGUUCCCUUCCUGGCCUCUCUCAGUGAAGACUGCUCACUUGCUGUUCUGGAUUCGAGCCUUUCUGAGGUGUUUAGAAGCCGAACCCAUAGAGAUUUUGUGAGAGAUGCUACUUGGUCUCCGCUCAAUCACUCCCUUCUCACCACAGUGGGCUGGGACCAUCAGGUUAUUCACCAUAUUGUGCCCACAGAACCUCUCCCAGCCCCUGGACCUGAGAGUGUUGCUGAGUAGAUUGGAUUUAAGAAAGAAAGUAAACCCCUCAUGAGAAUCCACUCCUUUGCCCCUGACCCCUCAAUUUUUGAGACAACAGAGGAGCCUUGGACUUUGAUACACUAGAUCUGUGCAGUUAAUAGACAUCGUUUCUCAGUGUGAGGGAGGCUAAAUUUUGGUAUCCUCUAGUUACAGGGAGGAAAAACUUUCUCGAAAAUGGAUAUGUGUGUGUACCUCACUGUAUAUGAAGAUCUGUAGUUUUUGAGGAAACCAAAAAGAAUUGUCCUCCAUCUUUCUCAAGCACCUUGCUCUCUCCCCAAAAAUUGACAAAAAGGUUUUAUGCUUCCCAUGUAGUUUUCUACAAAGAAUUGGCCAUGUCUGAAUGGGGUAUGGGAUGUAGGCAUCCCUGGGUUCUUGGAAGAAACUCUAGCUACUCAUAAAGAUGGGUACAACUUUUAAUUUUUCAAAUAUAGCUUGAUUUACCAUUAUCACAGGAAGUGCUUCCAUUCACAAAAAUCCAGCCCAGCUACUUUGACAUAGAGGUAGGAUACACUAACCACAGUUUUGCACAGUUCCUUGCCUAAACUGAAUCGAAAUCCAUUUUUUUCUGGCUGAAUAAAAAGUUUGGCUAGUGCCUGUGUGAUGCCCCCCUGACCCCUAAGGCUUUGUAUGUAUGAAAGAUAACUUUUUUUCUGGCAUAGCUUCACAGAGCAAAGUUUAGGGGUGGUGAGAGCUUAAAGCAUUUCAGUGAAGUUAGAAAACUGACACAGACUAUUAACAGAAAUAUUUGUCACUUUUGCUAUCCCAAAAUAGCCUGAGAACUGACCCUCUGUCUCUGGGCCCUUUCUCUGGAUAUAGGGUGUCUACUGUAUUGAUAGACUCCUAAGAUUUUGAAAUCCAGCAUCAGGGAGAGAAUUAGAAUACUGAUGGGUGAAAUAAAGAGUUUAGGCAUUGUUUGCCUGUCUUUUUUGAUGCUUUUGUGUUAUCUGCACUUAGACACAUUUCACUUCUGUGAAUUAUCAGUGUCAGUCUUAGCCUACAAUCUUUUCUAUACUUCCUUAGUUCCCAAAAUAGUUAAUUAGAACUUAAGGUAAUGUUUCUUUACUCGGGUUGGUUUUAACUGGCCACUGCCAUUUAAAAUAACAGAUAUAUUACUGUUUAUAUUGAAACAAAAUAUAAUCAAUUAUGUAUGAACUUUGCAAAUUUAAUUUAGGGAUAAUCAUGUGAAACUGGGAGAGUUUGAAUAUGGGCAAAAUAUUUCUAGGUAAAGCUUCUGUAUUUCAUCCUUGCUAAUCCUGAACUCUGUUCUCAAGGGAAUUUGUAGUCAAGUGAUCUCCCAGGGUUGGGGCAGGGAAGGAAUACAUUCUUCCACUGUUCUUAACUAUUACUUCCUGGGGAGGAGUAGGAUGAUUAAGUGGAAUUAAGUUCUGCUUCUCAGAGAUAAAAGCUUAAUUUUUGUGGUUACUUAGAGGAAGUAAGGAAGGGACAUAACAUGGGUAUUAUAUUUGCAGGAUUCUUUUCCUCUUGGGCUUAGGAAUAGUGGAGGAAAAAACUAAGUGAAAGAGAUGAGACUCCAGGGAAAUGUGUGUAUGUGUUGACUGGUUAAAAUGACACUAAAGAAGGAAAGCAGUUUUAGAAGAACAAUAUCUGGCUUCAGAUGGAUCUGUGCCCAUUUUGAAAUCCAGCAUCAGGGAGAGAAUUAGAAAUACUGAUUUGUUACAUAAGGAGUAAUUCACAUCUGUUGAUGAUGCCACAAGACAUGUAAACAUAAGCAAAGUAACAGGAGGGACCAGCACAAUUUUCAGUGUAGGUUAUGCUGAGCAAAGAAUAUAGUUCAAAAUAGAAGGGGACCUCAAAAUAAUCACAAAUGUGAUAUCCCAUGGGGCAAUUCACUAGGUCUUUGUCAUGAGAGUAGUUUUAGUAGUGAGAGCAUGGACUUCACUAAUGACAGUGCAAUGGAAUAAUUUUGUUUUAAAACAUAUAACACCCUGAUCUUGGGAAGGGGUCAAGAUUACCCUUCUUCCCCAUUUUAGGCUGAGUAAUCUGUCCUAGAGAACACCCACCACAUGAAGUAGAAAUCUCCAAAAUUAACAAGUGAAUUGCCACCAGUCAGGUACAAGGUGAUGGUGGGGAAGGGGUGUUGCCUUCGAAUGACUUCUUUGUCCUUGAGAGUACCCACCACAUGAAAUAGAAAUCUCCAAAAUUAACCACUGAAUUUUAACCCCUGUCAGGUACAUGGUUGUGGGGAGGGAAGUGUAGCCUUUGAGUCAAUUCUUUAAAAACCUGUUCUCCCUUGAUUGGCAGAGUCACAGACUCCGGGACAGGAGUCCUCAAUGUUUCUCCUUUACUAGAAAAGCAAUAAAACUAAUUUUUUUCCUUUUUCUCAAAAAAAAAAAAAAAAAAAAAAAAAUACACAUCUUGCAUUUAAUUUCACUGGUACAAAUUUCUGAACAUGGAAGUGAAUCCAUUUCCCAACUUAAUUAUUCUUACUCUGAAGUCCAUUAUUAGCCUGAUUCACUGUAUUUCACUGUUGAUCCCUGGCAAGGUCUAAGAGGUUCAUUCCUUGAGUAGUAUUUGGAACCAUAACAACACUGGAGAAGGUUUACCUAUAGAUUCAGUUGGUAUCAGACAUUGAGCUGAAUCUGGAGGGAUCUCACUAGAUUCAGGGAACAUUACUGGUUCACAAUCCCAUUGCAGCAUCAGAAACACCCAAGCGCUAAUUGCUUUGGAUCUCUAGCCAUGUUUCCUCAGGACAGUAUGUUAGAAAGGACAGGAGAUGUAGGUGUUAGGGGACAGACAUGUCAACAGCGGGAAAAUGAGGCUAAAGGACCAGCUCACUGGGCUGGUCCUCCACAUGCUUCCUUUUACAAGAAGCAAUUUACCUGCAGCCCUGUCUGGCUUAAGUGGACAGGAUAUGUCAUAUUCCUUAGAAAACUACCAGUUGGCUGCAGGAGAAAUGCAGGCCCCAAAUAAUGUCAAUAAGAGGAACCCAAGUUACCCUGAAGGGGGACACUUUUGUGACCUUUUUCACAAACCAGCUCCUGAAACUCAGAGAUAAUGACAAUUCCUCCUGACUGUACAAUCUGUAAGAAUUUAUAGUUAAGAAUCCAAGUAGAACCAGUGAACAUGGGCCUAAGUGACCUAAAGUUGUCUUGGUAGUGGUAACCUGAAAGUCUGAUGUCAAAAGUCAAGAGAUGAUGGAAACUUCCCCAAUAAAAUGAGAGCAGAAGAGGCACACUGUCCCUCUUCUCUGAGAGGACCCACUCUUCCUGGAGAAUGUCCCUUUUCUCUUUCCUACCCCUUCAAUAAACAUGCCUGUUUGUUACUCUGA